UUUCCGACGAAGUUAUUAUGUUGGAUGCGUGUGUGUUAUCAAAUCGCUCUAAAAAUUACGUUUUUCACGGAAUUUUUUUAUUGAAAUAGCUAUCAAACAUGUCCAUAAAACUGAGUGGCACAUUUUCCCGCUCGGGAGGAGUUGUUUCAGCCAUCGGUAAACAGCUAAAGCUGAUCAACUUGAAGGCGGUUCAGAGAAUUACGAUUACGUUCGACCCAUUCCAGGAACAUGCCCUUCCUACUAGAGAACUACUACAACAUUUGUCAACGCCAAAGAUCGCACAAACUAAUCCAUCGUGUCUGCUAAAACCGGAAGUAGUUUGCGACCGCCGACCACCAUCAAUAGUGUUUCAACUAAUUCCAUCGGUUCAGGCCGAGACAAAACUAAAGAAGAUAGAAUUCAACUGCGCAAACCUUUCCACACUGGAACUUUUACAGCUCUGUAAUAAGCACGUAACAAGCUUGGCUCCAAAGGAGGUUGUCACAAGUUCGAUCAAAACCAAAUCGGAAAAGAAGGCAGGUGGUGGUAAACGACGGUAA